CCGUCUGGGUAUUGCGUAUCAUACAGUUUUUGGAUUAUCGGGGCGUCGCAUCGUGUGCAAUUCACAGGUCCCGUACAACUCCACGCCAGCAACACCCACCUCGUCUUAACCAUGAAUCAGCUAAGGAUAUGUUUGUGCUUAUUUUUGACCUUGGCAUCGGCGUGGAGCCUGCCGUCCGGCAUGGACUCCCAAGCCGUCGGCCACAACUCGAUCCAAGCCAAAGAGGACCUUUUGGAAGGCAUCUACUCCGACUGCGUCAACAAGGGUUCCGUGUCUUGCAUCAAGUACAAACUGUUCGCCUACGUUGACAAGGCUUUGAACAAGGACGAGAUCAACUUGACCGAAGGAGUGACCGUGGUCAGGACGUCCGGCAACCCCAGCGACGGAGCCCCGAGGUCCCUGGACGACAACAACGAACAACCCAAGGACAUUGAAUCUCUGGUGCUCAAGCGCGUCCAACGUUUCUUGAACACGCACACCUUGAAGGUCGACCUCAAGGGAUCCGACAUCGUCAACUCCGUCACGAGAACCGGCAAGACCGUCACCGACAUGGUCAGCUCGUUCAUCGGAGAAGAAGAAGGCGCGACCGAAGAAAGCCGUGGCAAAAAGAAGAAGAAGGACAAGAUGUUGAUGCACAUGUUGAUGAUGUUGAAAUUCAAACUGAUCGCUCUGUUGCCGUUCGUACUGGGUAAAAUCGCCCUUAUCGCCGGAAAGGCCUUGUUGCUCGGAAAGAUCGCCUUGGUCCUGUCCCUGGUGGUCAUCCUCCACAAGUUGGUCAACUCGCACCACAAGACCGUCACCUACGAGGUGGUCCCACACCCCCCGCACCACGAACACCACGAGCCCCAUGGACACGACUCUUACUCCAGCGCCGGUGGUGCCGACCUCUCUUCCGCCGGAUACGGUGGUUCGGCCGGCGGCAGCAGCGGAUGGGGAAGAAGCGUGGACUCCCAACAGAUGGCCUACAGCGCCCAAGUACCAGUAGUACCUCAGUAAAAAAACGUACAAACAUGACGAGUUAAGAUAUCACUCGUAUCGGUGCUCGACAAAAAAAUCCGACGAGAAUCAAAGUUCAAAUGAGCCAUCGACGACCAGCUUCACAUAAACGCUCACUAUAAAUUUAUUUGUACAUUACUUAUUUAUUAUUUAUAUAUAUAUAAUAUUUAUACUUCAAUAUCAUUUGAGACGUUUUUAAAACAUUUUUGUUUUCCAAAAAAAAAAAUCAUUCGUGUUUGUUUGUUCACUAUCAGCUAUACACACCAUCUGUCAUAAGAACAAUAAUAGUAUAAUAUAUUAUUGUUCUGUUUUUCAAAUAAUUAUUAUCAUCGUUACCUUUAAGCAAUAAAAGCUAAUCGAUCAGGUUCCUCGUGAUACGCGAUACGAUUCGCUGUACUCAACAGACGGAACGCCAACAAUAUAAUAUUAUAUUGUCUUUUAUUGGCACACACAUUUUGGCUGUUACAAUAGACGAUCAAUAAAAAGAUAUAUCUAUUUUAAA